AUGAAGCUUUUUGAUCUUUCCACCGACUUGUUAGUAACUCUUUUCGAGGGGGCCGACGUCAGGUCGCUGUCUAGAUGCAGGGAGGUGUGUCGUGCAUUCCGCGACCUCGUAGACACAACAUCGCUUGGGUACAACCUCGAGCUCCACGCAGCCGGUCUCGUACGCAACACCUCACAGUAUCCCGAGGAAGCUGCCCUCAACGAGCUGCCCAUGGCGGAAAAGACCUCGCGGAUCCGACGCCACAGGCAGGCGUGGCGCGGGCUGUCCUUCGCGCCCCCAGUCGCGACCGAGGCGAGUGUGCUGUACCUCAUGGCGCCCGAGCUCCGACGCUUCCAUCCGAGCGGGAUCGCCGCACAGAUGACGGAGGAUCAGGACCUGGCGUUCACACAGUUUCCGACGCCACUUGGUGCGCAGAAGAAGGAAUCAUGGACCAUUCCCGCGGAGACCCUCGACAUACCCACCGGGAUAGACACCUUCGCGAUCGACCCGGCGCAGGACUUGCUGGUGAUCGUGUGGCGCAUGCACCAGGGCGGCGGCGUUGGUGUGUGGCACAUGUCGUUCAAGUCGAUGCGCAGCGGUCUUGAACACCCUCGCGCGUCCGUGCCAACGCGAUGCCUCGACGAAGCGGAUAGGAUGCAGGACCUCCCCCAGAUAGACAUCCACGGAGACACCGUGGUGCUCCAGUACAGAAUGGGCUCCACGUCUCUAUGGCUGUUCAAUUGGGAGACUGGCGCACUUCGGACACAGUUCCAUACGCCAAACACCGUGUACUGGUCCCUUCUGCCCGGCGGGCUACUCGUGGCGGCCAACCUUGCCUCCUUAGCAGUCGGAGUCAUUCCAACAGAUUCGACGGACUUGCGCCUGAAAUGCGUGCUGGUUCUUCCCGAUGAGCUACGUAGCAUAGCUCCCAACUUGAUCCUCGCAGCCAGUCCGGGCGGUGCGGGUCGCCGCGCGCCUUUCUGCCUCCCGGACGACACGGCGGAGGUCUUCGUCCUCACCGCCUUGCUGGACACCAACGAGAUGUGCGCGUGCAUCGCCGUGCCGCGUGCAGUGCUGCUCGAGUACGCUACUAGUACUCGCUUCGCGGACGUUGUAGAGAAUCCAUCGGGCGAAUUACCCAAGGUCGCUUGGGAGGAAUGGGGCCCGCGAGCAUACACCGAUACCAAGUCCUGGCAGGGAGGGACGAUCUUGAGGGGCGCGAAAUCGAUGCUUGGCGGGCCCCGCUUUGCCACCCUCUUGUACAACCCGCCAGAAGUACUUCUCCGGAUCGUCGAAUGGGGGCCUGCGGUUGUUAGCGGAGGAAGCGACGCUGAGGAGGGACUCAGUCAGCAAACCGUGGAGUCCGACGUAUCCGCCGGCUCCGCUCCUAUUGCAGAAUCGGAUGCCAGCCUAGGGAGUACUCGCGUGAUGAAGGCCCUGCCUCUCCCUUCCAGGGUGCGCACGGUGCCGCUGGGUUUCGACUUGCAGGACGGGUAUGUGCAGGUGUACACCUGGGACAACGGUGUCGUUCUCCAGGCUGGACCGAGCAUGGCCGUGCUCUCGCUUCAAACGUGA